AUGGCGCCUGUUCUGCAAACUGAGUUUGAGGACAAGUUGGAAAUGGAGGGUUUUGACGUCUUGCAUGGACCCGUGCAAGUUAAUCUCGGCGACAAACAAAGAAUACAGGGAGAAACCGGUGAAGGCAAGACUACAGCUAGAGUUGGUUUGAUCAGUCAUAUCGGAGGUCACAAGUUUGCUGGCAACGUUAUCAUUUAUCUGCCUCCAGACCUGAAGAUGGGCGAUGAGCCUCAUCCUUUGGCUGGAUGCGGAAUUUGGUAUGGAAGAGUUGAUCCAAAGAAUGUGGAGGGUAUUGUAAAAGAGACCAUUCUGAGGGGAAAUGUGGUUGCGGAUAUGUUUAGAGGAGGUAUUGAUGCUGAGCAUAAGAUGUUGCGGAUGUGA